AUGUGCCUAUUGGAGUUUCCCUAUCCUUUUUCCGGGUUUUCAGCUCGGCCUUCAGGCGAAGGAGAGCUCUGGGAGAUUGGAGGGGCGUGGCCGGUUGGCCUGGGCGGGGCGGAGCGGGACGGGAGAGUAGCCCUGCGGGGUUGCACCGAGCGGAGCUCAGCUCCCCCCGCUGGGCCGCCAACAAGUGCGGGUCUGGCGGAGCGCGGUGGCGCGCGGAGACCGAGAGGCGACCGGAAGCGGCUGGGCUCCCGGCGGCGCGCCCCUCGGCCAAGCCGGGAGUCGCGUCAGUCGGUGCCCCCGGCCGAGUGCGGUCCGCCUCCCUCUCAGCGAUCAUCCCUCCGGAGUGCGGCCAGAAGGCAUGGCGCAUCCAACAGGGGCGCCGCCGCCGGUGCUCGCAGGCCGCGGGUGAAGAAGAAAAUGCGAGCUCACUCGACCCGGAGCGAAGAAGUGGCCAGGAGCGAGGAAGUGGCCCGGAGCGAAGAAGUGGUCGGGAGCGAAGAAGUGGUCCGAAGCGAAGAGGUGACCGAGAGCGAAGAGGUGGUCCGGAGCGAAGAGGUGACCGAGAACGAAGAGGUGGUCCGGAGCGAAGAGGUGACGGAGAGCGAAGAGGUAGCCCUAAGCGAAGAGGUGGCCCAGAGUGAGGAAAUGGCGGCGGCUGGACUCAGCGUGACCGUCACCCACAGCAAUGAGAAGCACGACCUUCAUGUUACCCCGCAAGAGGGCUGUAGUGAACCAAUUGUCCAAGAUUUGGCCCAGGUUGUUGAAGAGGCCACAGGGGUCCCGCUACCUUUUCAAAAACUCAUAUUUAAGGGAAAAUCUCUGAAGGAAAUGGAGAAGCCAUUGUCUGCACUUGGAAUACAAAAUGGUUGCCGGGUCAUGUUAAUUGGGAAGAAGAACAGUCCAGAGGAAGAAGUUGAACUAAAGAAAUUGAAAGAUUUGGAGAAGUCUGUGGAGAAGAUAGCUCACCAACUGGAAGAGUUGAAUAAAGAGCUUACUGGAAUCCAGCAGGGUUUUCUAGCCAAAGAUUUGCAAGCCGAAGCUCUUGGGAAACUCGAUAGGAAAGUAAAAGCCACAAUUGAGCAGUUUAUGAAGAUCUUGGAGGAGAUUGACACGCUAGUUCUGCCAGAAAAUUUCAGAGACAGUAGAUUGAAAAGGAAGGGUUUGGUCAAAAGGGUUCAGGCAUUCCUUGCUGAGUGCGACACAGUGGAGCAGAACAUCGGCCGGGAGACUGAGCAGCUGCAAUCCACAAACUUGGCCCUAGCCAAAUGAGGUGAGGCGGAGGAGGCUGUGCUGCCCUGAAGAGCAGUACCACCAGCUCUGCCCUCUCUGGAACAGAAGUUACCUGAUUUCUCCAGGGUUGCUGGGGGCAAUUGGACAAUUGCUAGUUUUCCUUCUCCUGCGCCUGUUCUUAAUGAACAAGUAUUGUCUUUAUAAUCUUAAGUAGAGAUCUUACUUGUUUUCUCGUUCUGUCUCUGAGUGGCUGUGCUGUUCAGCAGCCCACCUUGUCUGUGGAGGGCCCAAGUCUUCCCAAGUCU